AUCCACUGUUGUUUGUGUCAUUGAAGAUCUAAUAUUUAUUGAAAUUUUAUUUUUAAGUUUCUAUUGCACUGCACACGUAAAAUUCGUGCUAAACAUCAGGAACAUAAAUUUAGCACUUAACAAUUAUUAUAUAAUGAACAUUUGACAAAGCUAGUGUCAAAAUGAGUAAUAAUUUGGAUAAUGAUAGGUCACUUAGUAGUAAAAUGCAUCCAAUAGAUUUAGCGCCUCAAAAGAUAACUAUAGUGAAAAGUGUAAGUAGUGUUUCUAGUUCAGAUAUGAAAAUGACACAUUUGAUUCCGGGUACAGCUAAAACAACAGGUUCAAGUCAAAUAAUAGCCCAUGCUAGCCCCGGAACGGGAAUGAUGCGUUCAGGGCUUGCACAAAUCAUUGCGUCGAAUGUUGUUUCACAGCCUCAAAUGAUAAUAAGUGGAUCACCUAUUUUACAAGGUGCUCAAAUUGUCAGUCAGGGGUCUCAGUUGAUUGGUCAAGGCUCACAGAUUUCCCAAUCGCAGCUGAUUACUAGUGGCCCCCUUAUAAGUCCUGGUACACAGAUAAUAAGUCAAGGAACCCAGUUGUCUGCCCAAGUGUCUAAUGCCAAUACAGUUGGAUCAAGCAAUGUUCAAUCAAGUGUAACCUCUUCUGUGAGUGCAACUCAAGUGUUGAAUGUUGGGAGCCAGCUGGUCAGUGGGGCUGGUAACCUGGUGGUCAACUCAUCUGUGCGGACAUUGCCUCCUACAGUUAGAGUGCUACCUCCAUUACCACACCAUAACAAUCGGCCAGCUGUUCUGUCAAGUGUGAAUGUCAGUAGCGCCAGUGGUGUGCUGGUUAGUAAAGGAGUGGGACUCGGCGUGACGAGCCAUAUCAGUCAUGUGCCGCGCGGUCUCGCGGCCGGCGCGUCUCUCGCCGUGCGACCAGUCACCCCUGCUUCUAACACCCAAGCAACUUCUGGUGGUGCCUGGUCUGGGGCAUCUCGUGGUCCACGUAGUACACUAGUGUAUGGUCAGAGGGGUGCACGGGCGAAUGCGCCAAGCUCUUCCCCAGCUCCCUCACAACCAACUCACUCUACUGUUGUUACCUUACCUACUACACCUGUACUAACUUCAAGUACUGUGAUUUCUGCAGCAGGGCGCGGAGCCCCGCCGCGUACUCCCACGCCAACUCCUGCGGCCACCGCGCCCAGACCACUGCCACUGCUGCAGAGAAACUACCAACCUGCUAAGGUGGUUGGUGUAGCAAGCGUGGGUGUCCGUGGAGUAGUGGGGAACAGUGCUCCGACGCAACUGUACUACGAAGUCCCGCGCGGCGCGCACUCUGCGCACGGCGCGCCGCCCGCGCACGUCGCGCCCGCCCUGCCGCGCGCACUCGCUCCGUAUCUGCACCAAUCGUCAGCACAGCCCCAGCAGACUCAAGUAACGGUUGUGAAUGCUGUAUCAGCGUCGCCAGAAACCCGCAUACCAGUGUCCUCCGUCCCAAAUCAGACAGUAUUGCCAAGACCGUCCAUACUUAGGAAAAGAGAUCUCGAUGGGUCUCCAAGCAAGAACUCUAGUUUUGGUCGAUCAGGCUGGGAGGAUGUACCGGUGGGUGGUUGUGGCGCUGGCUCGGGCGGUUCCACGACCAUCAGUGCGUCAUCCUCUCCCGCACCUGAUGAUGAGCCAGAACCGCCACGUCCAGACCCUGAUCUUAGUCCACGCAAGAAACCUCGGAAACAGAUGUUGAGUAAUGAAGUGAGACAGUGCGACUAUCAAGGAGAGGAGCCGCCGCCCACUCCACCGCCAGUCUCAUUUAACCCUCCAAAACAUAUUGAAGAUAAACCAAAGUGGAAGAAAAGAAUAAGGAAGGAUGUCCCUGCGGCCAUUAAGGGUCCACUAUUAAGUUCGAGUUACGUGUGCGGUUGGCGUAGUACGGCGUUGCAUUUCACCCGGCCGUCUGACGUGCGGCGAAGGGAACCUCGCACACGAGAUAUCGUUUCGAUAGCCAGUCAGAAACACGUGUUGACCAGUGCUGAGGGAUGGAAAGUACAUCAUCUAACUGCACAGAUGGAUGACUUGAUGUCUUUAGAGUCUGACGUUGGAGAGCAAUUAGCGGGCCUACUGCGAGCUCUCGAAACAGCGUCAGGACGCGCGAUAUCCGCUCUGGAGCCACAUUCCCAUACGAUACUCGAGUUACUCAAGGGUAAUAUUCAAAGAAGUAAGAUAGUGUGUGAAGGAAUACAAGAAGCUCGUGAGGACAUUCUUCGUGUAUUUACACAUAGAAACUUCGUGUCUGAUAUUCUCACAAGACAAGCCGAUAAGAGAUGUUUCAGGAAGCAUCGGUCACAGUCGUAGCCGACAGUGGAAUCUCACAUACACAUAGACAGUAUUUUCUUGUGAUUCUAUAGUCUGAAAUGGACUUAGCCUCACUCAACAUCACUAAACUGUCGUCGAUCGAAUAUUUAUAGUCUUGUCAAUUUAUACAUCCAAGGUAACAAUGGUUCGCAACAUGUUGAAAAUUUUUAGGAUUGUCACAACACCAUCAUAAAUGAAAUAUAAAAAAAAUAUCAUCAAUCCGAUCUACCUAAGGAAUAAUAUUUACUGGAACAUAUAAAACAGGGACAUUUACAAUUCACUAUUAUUUUGGCCCAACAUCCUGCUCCAAUACCUGGGUCCAAUGUGUUCAGCUGCAUUGAUGUGUCUCAUUCAUCUUCUCUUCAUUCAUUUGUUUCUUCUUAUCCUUUUUCUUGAGUGCAAGUAAUUUACCUCAAUAUUUACAAACCAGGCACGAAAUUUCAUUAAUCAACAAUCUUACCAAUUUUUAAAUGGAUGCGAAUUCUUGUAACUUGUUAACUUACGUAACAUGAAAAAAGUAGAACUUUUUGAUCUAAUUUGACUGGACUAUUAUUAAAUUGCAUAAUAUUUUCUAUUGUAAAUUAAAUCUAAAAGGCCUGAUAAAAUUGUAUAAAUUAAAGUGAUGGUGGGCAAGGGCUUUAAGUGCAAUAAUAAGGCUUUGCACAGGAAUAUUUAAUAAAAUUGAUACUUCCCAGAAUUAUAUUGAGGUUCUAAACUUGUAAAUAGAUUUAAGUGUAUUAUAAGCAAUGAAAAAUAUUUAAGUUGAGAAAAAGAAUGCCUUGAAUGAGUUGUGUUGUUUUGGGACUUAAUUUUGAAAAAUACAUGAUUUAUAAUAA